AUGAGACCUAGGAGUGGUGACAAGAAGUCAGAGUUGCUUCCUACAGGGUGGAACGGAAGUAAGGAAUUGUACACCAAGUCAAAUGAUGACAACUCUAAUUUCUUGGUCAAAGCCAUCACUGUGGAUUCCACCUUGAUCUUCAACUUAAUGGACUCGACCACUGAACAAGUGUCAGACCUGACAGUGAAUGUCAGUGGUUAUGUGGAUGCAGAGCAUUUGCAAGCAUUUGAAAGGCCAGACCCCAUGGCUCCAUUCGCUGCAGGAGAAGCCAAUCUGGAUCUCUUUGGUGGCACAGCGGAAAUAAUGAUCGUGGACCCUUUGAGAGCUGGUUAUCCCCGCUCAGGGUUCGACCCCUCUCGGGGCGUCCUGCCCCAGGGAGCUGUGCCACCUGGGGCCCACUUUGACCCCUUUGGGCCCGUUGGAAGACACAGACCAGGGCCAGACCCAGAUCAUGUGCCGCCGCCAGGCUAUGAUGACAUGUUCAUGUAGAAGAGAAGGCAAUUCCUGCUUCGCUCCACACACUUCUUGGACCACUUCCUGUCUGCGCAAUGCAAGAAGAAUACACACUUAAUAAAACUGACGGACUCAUUUGUUGUGUGAGGAAUAAAGUUACA